AUGUCCUCCCUCCCUCGAUCCCUCUCGCGCCUCCUGCGCACGCAAUCGCCAUCAACGGCGACACUCAACCUAAGCCGAACCACAAUCCGUACCGCUCAAACACAAGCUACGGCUUCAACACUCAACCAACCCCCUCCCCCUCCCCCUCACCACCACCACCACCACAGCUUCCAACAUGCGCACACCAAGCCAAAGCCAUCGCCAACCCACAAAUCACAACUCCAAAACCAAACUCAACAACCAAAGACCACUGUGAUUGAAGACCCAAUCUCAACACACCCGCUUCUGCACUCCCUUCGCGCAGAUCCAACACUGAAAGAAACCCGCCCGCACCUCUCCAUGCCACAACAUCUGCGCCCAGCGCACUUCGUCGCGGGAACGCUAGCGGGGGAAAAGAAACUCACCAGUGCGCCGUAUAUGUUCAUCUCGCAGCGCGACACCUCCCCCUCAACAUCCCAACCCGAAUCCACCACCACCACCUCCUCCUCUUCCCACUACCCCCACGCCACAACCCUCUUCCACACAGGCACGCACAUGUGCGGCCACCCUGGCUUCGUACACGGCGGCUUCCUAUCGGUCAUGUUCGACGAGGUCUUUGCGCAUACGGUGUCGCAGGCGUUCCGCAGCGGGACGGGAAUGACGGCGAAUCUGAAUGUGGAUUUUCGGAAGCCUGCGCUGCCAGACAGGGUUUAUGUGCUGCGCGCGGAGGUUGUCAAGGUUGAGGGGAGGAAGGCGUGGGUUGAGGGAACGAUGACGAUGUUGGCGGAUGGUGCGGAUGCAAAGGGGGAGGGUGGGGAUGUUAUGGUUGCGGAGGCGAGGGCGUUGUUUGUUGAGCCGAAGUUUGCGGAGAAGAUGGUGCCUGUGUACCGAAAUUAG